CGAACGAUAUAGUAUAUAUAAAAAAAAAAUACUUUUUAAAAAAUAUGAACGAUAAAAUAAUUAUGAAUAUGAUAGAGUAUUUCACUUUCCUUCGAGUGUUAUAGUGUUAAUUUGUAAAGAUCUACCAAAAUAAUUAGAUUAUAAGUUCAUUUAUUUUGCUUUAAUCUUAUUUUUUUCAUCUAGAAAAUUUUUAAGACGAGAGAUUUUUUUUGUUUUGUCUCUCAAUAUAUUUUCUUUACAUAACUUAGUGUUCACUAAAUUGAAGAAGAGCAAUAGAAUUUCAGUUUUUAAUAAUAGAAUAUCGAGAAAAAAAUGCGAGUCGUUGGAUUGAUUUCAGGUGGCAAAGAUUCUACCUUUAAUAUGAUGAAUUGUCAAGCUGAAGGACAUCAGAUUGUAGCUUUAGCAAAUUUACAUCCAGCUGACAAAGAUGAACUGGAUAGCUACAUGUAUCAAACUGUUGGACAUAUGGGAAUUGAAAAGUUUGCUGAAGCUAUGGAACUGCCUUUAUACCGAAAAACGACUUCUGGCAAAACAGCACAAAAAGGCAAAAAUUAUGAGCCAUUAGACAGUGAUGAUGAAGUUGAGGAUCUUUAUGAACUUCUCAAAGAAGUGAAAGAGAAAGAAAAUGUCGAAGCGGUUGCAAUUGGUGCAAUUUUUUCUGAUUAUCAACGUGUUAGAAGCGAAAAUGUAUGUUCACGUCUAAAAUUACAAGCUUUUACAUAUUUGUGGCGUCGGGAUCAAGCUGAGCUUUUACAGGAGAUGAUUGAUUGUCAUAUUGAUGCGAUAAUUAUAAAGGUCGCUUCACUGGGUUUAACGCCGGAACGACAUUUAGGGAAAUCGAUUCGAGAUAUGCAAGUACAUUUGGUAAAGAUGCAUGAAAAGUAUGGCUUAAAUAUUUGUGGAGAAGGCGGAGAAUAUGAGACUUUUACACUAGAUUGUCCCCUUUUCAAGAAAAAGAUUGUUAUUGAUGAUGAUCAAGUUGUAAUAAGCUCAUCAGAUCCUGUUUGUACUGUUGGAUAUAUUAAUUUCACAAAAAUUCAUCUGGAGCCAAAACUACCAUCAGAGUUUGGAAAUUAUGUGAUAAAGUCGUCUUUGGAUUUCAUAAGUGAACUGAAUUCUUCAUCAUACAGUGAUCUUAGCGAUCCUGAUUUGACUGAUACAGAGCUAGAGUUUAUUGAAAAAGGCAACUUUGGUAAGUUGUGUUCCUCAAAAAGUCUUCCAGAAACGUUUUCAAAAAGUCUUUGCUCCGAAGAAAUGAGACACUGCAGCAUCGAAGAUAUUCCUGAAGUUAAAUUUGAAUAUGAAACGGAAAAACUUCAAAAUGAAGCACAUCUUGUAUCUAAUUCAAAAGGUUGGCAUUGGAUUUCGAGUAUUCAUGGCGAAGGAAAGACAACAUAUGAUGGAAUUAAUGAUGCAAUGAGACGACUGGAUGAAAUAAUUCAACAAAACUCAAUAAGACUUCAAGAUCUCUGCUAUAUUACGCUUUACGUACGAAACAUUGAUGAUUAUGAAGUUCUUAAUGAUGUGUAUAGUGCGAAACUGAAUUUUCAAAAUCCACCUCCCCGCGUUUGUGUUGAAACAUGCUUACCCGAAAAAUGUCACGUCAUAAUGGAAGCAGUUGCAUUUAAGAGCGGUUUAAAUAAUGUCAAUGAGGCUGAUUAUAAGCGACAAUCAAUGCACGUCCAGGGAAUAUCUCAUUGGUCGCCUGCAAACAUUGGUCCUUAUUCACAAUCAACAAGUAUAGGAGAAAUCACAUACAUCAGUGGACAAAUUGGUCUUAUACCAGGCAACAUGAAGAUAAUAAAUGGUGGUAUAAAGAAUGAAUGUAAACUUACUCUUCGACAUAUUAAUAGAAUUGCAAAAGCGAUGAAUUCUAAGGGACAGUUAAGAGACGUUGUACAAGGUGUUUGUUUUUUAACUCAUCCUAAUUAUAUCUCGGAAGCUCGUCGACAAUGGGAACGUCGAUCAGCAAAUGCUAUUAUGGAUUAUAUAGUUGUUCCGGCUUUACCAAGAAAGUCACUAGUAGAGUGGCAAGUUUGGAUACACAACUACAACAACAAAUUUGAAUAUGAAGAAACCGGCUGCUCAAUUAACAAUCAAUAUGUUCUUUCUCUAAGACGCCGUUGGAAUUAUGAAAACAAUUGUGCUGCAGUUAUUUGUUACGUUUCAACUGGACAAACAACAUCUUCAACAAAAUUGACUGAUAUGAUGGAAGAAUGGAAACAACAUCAUGAAGAAUUAACAAAAAAACUCUCACAAAGUCAUGUAUUGGAAGUCAUGAAAUAUGUUCUCAAUAAGAUUAUGCAGGGAUAUUCUGUAAAUAAUGAAAAUAUUCCUGGAAUUCAUUUUCGUAUAUUUUAUCAAGUCACACCAUCCUUUCCAUCUUUAGGAAAUUUGAUUAUUUCAUCAUUAACAUUGUUUAAAGAAUCGACAAAAACAGCUCGAAUUGCUUUUACGGUAAUUCCUGCUUGCUUUUUGCACAAUUUUGGUACAUUCAUUUCAAUUUGUGGAGUCCGUCACGAGUAGUUAAAUUGUUGAAGAAAAUCAUUUUGUUUGUUUGGUCUUUCUUUCAUGUAUUUUUUUUACGAUACAUUACUUUUAAGCGAAUACAUAAUUUAAGCGAAAAAGUCUUGAAGAAUAUAGCACUAUAGUUUUUUAAUAAAAAAAUAAAAAAUAUUAAGGCAACAUUAAAUUAUUGUGACGAUUUCCUUAUUAAUAGACAUGUGGAUAAUGAUCAUAUGUCUUUAAACGAUAUGUAGCCAGAAGAACAAUCAAAACUAAAUGUUAUCUUUGCAAAAAUUUAAUUUGUUUUUUGAAGAUUUCAAACUUUAUCGGCAAGAGCUGAAGCUAGGUAGAGGCAGACUAAACAAAUGAAAAUUUAAAAUUAGUACUGUACUAUCGAAUUUAAAAAAUUAUUGUUUACAAUUGGCAGUAUAUAUAUAUAUGAUAAAAGAUUCUUUCUUAUCGUGUGGGUUGCAUAUUUUUUUUUGAACAUUUUAGUAUAUUCUCACUGUUUUCACGUGUGAAUCGAUUGGUUUUGUUCAGAUUGAAAAAUCAGUUUUUCGCAUUUUGCGAGGAAAUGCAGCAAAAUUGGUUAUAAAAUGUCCCAGAAGAAAAGUUUGUGCCUGAAAUUUUACAUCAUUUGCAAAAAACAGAUUUCAAAAUUGGUUGCGGCAUUGCUGAGAAAAUAGCAAAAUACGCUUUCUGUAAGCAAGCAAACAAGUA